AUGAUGUUGCGCUUAAGCAAUGGACGAUUAUGGGCUUCUGGUUGCUAUGGUCCUGGAACCAAUUACAACACCGCAUGUGCGGUAGCUUGGUCAGGAUCUUACAAUGGAAAUGAAUUAGAAUGGACUGAAAAAUAUGGCAAUAUGUCUGAUAUAUUUAGUUAUCAUGGAUUCAUUGAGAACAAAAAAUUAUGUGCUACAUAUAAAAGGGCAUCAAACGCUGCUUUGGGUUCAUUCGAAUUUUCACUUAAACGCUUGGAUGAAUCAUUAGCAUUGGUACAAACUCCAUCAACAACACAACGUAGAUUUCGUUCAUUACAAUUUAUUAGUAAAUAUAAAGGAAGUGAAUAUCGAUGUUUAUUUCAUUUUGGUUUAACAAGUCUUGUUCGACAUAUUAAUGAUAAUGAAUUGAAAAAUCUAUUAUUUUCAUUUGUAUCAGCAAUUAAUCUUGCAUCUUCGAAUUAUGUAACAGUUGAAACUAUUGAAAUUGUUGAAAAAUUAUUAAAUUAUUUCGUUCAACGUUUUCAACAAAUAUUUGGUAUACGUCAUAUGAGUUCUAAUAUUCAUUCUUUAUUACAUGUACAUCAAGGUUUAAGUGUAAUGGGACCAUUAUGGUUUUAUUUAACAUUUUCAUUUGAAGGUAUUGAUAAAGAUUUGGUUAGCACAGUUCAUGGUACAACUGAAUUUGCUAAACAACUUAUUCGACAACACAUUUUAUAUCGUGAUUCUCUAGUUCUUCAUAAACAUGAAUCUUAUCCAUUGAUAUUGUUUACAUUCAAUGAAGAAUUACUUGAUCGAAAACAAUCAAAUAUUCAUUAUAAAAAUUUUGUUGACUCAUGUUUUUUAUCUAAUCCAGUAUCUAAAGAUUUAUAUGAUACAAGUGAAAAUGGUAUAGCCACACGUGUACAAUCACUAUUUAAUGAUGGUUUAAUUUUCUAUCAUUCUUUGAUAAUAUCAGGUGUUUUAAUAAAGACUACUGUAACUGCUUACGGAAAAUUAGUUGCUGACAGUUGUAUCUCAUUCAGUUUUGCCGAUGAUCAAGUAAAAUAUGGUCUUAUUCGAGCAAUUGUUCAAUCAAAAAAAAACACCCUUCGUCUUUUCAUCGAAGAACUUGUGGAAAUUAAACCUGGAGCAUCAAAAAUUAAGUUUAAUAUUUCUAAUGAUCAAUAUAAAAUACCUUAUAUUUUACAAUUAAAACCAUCAAAAAUUUUCCAUCUGAAGCAUCCAAAAUUUAUUUUGAAAAAAAAAACGCUUGUAUAUGUGAACCUGGUAAUCGUGUUACUGUUUUAG